GGCUCUUACUUGCUUCUUCAGUCUACUACAUGCGACUUGCUAGUACACUCGUCAUUUUGGCCUCUGUAGCAACCGCAUCGGAAAUACAGCUAUGUGUUGGCGUUGGGAAGUGUCUCUUGCGUUCUCCUCCUGGGAGUUUGCUGUUGCCAGCUACCUGGCAUUCUACCGAAAACGCGACCAGCGGGAACUGCGCUACGCUUGGUUUUUGAUGUCGAUUGGUGUCAUGGAAGCGUUGCAGGGUUUGCUGUGGUUUUUCGCCUUAGAUUUUGAACGGGAUAAGAUCUUUGGCCCAAUAAACUAUGGGCUGUCAGCGCUUUCACAAGGACAAAGCCACAGGGUAGAAACCGAAGGUGGAGUACAGCGCCCCAAUACCGACAGUCACGCCCAUGGUGAACAGCAAUACGGAGCAGACGACAGGAGCACCGGGGUAGCUUCUUCAUCUUCAAUAACCAAUGUGGCGCUUUCGAUCGGGAUCUGGGCUGCGGCAUGGAUUUUGAUACCCUGGGCGGUGUGUGAUUUUGCGGCAGACGAGGAGGAGGGCACAAUAGCAACAAGUGCAAAUAAGGCGGCGCAGGGCCCUCGUUCAGCACAUCGGAGUGUGGAACUUGAUAGCCUAGAUGCAAUUCAUGACCUUCCGGGUCUCGAUGGAGUACCAAGAGUAGGGUCGCACAACCUCACGAAUCAUGGUGAAACUUCCGCCGGUGCGCAUGGGGGAGUAGAAGUUGUCAGCGGAGAAAAUAACGACGGGGGCGCAGAGGGUCCUGACACGACUACAUCGACAUUGUCAUCUUCGCAGCUCCGACAGCAGUACGUUCCUCUCUAUACUUCUAACGGUGGGGGACUGAUGAUGAACUGCACACGUAGAAGUUGGAGGUCAAGAGAAAGCAGACUUUCAUCCCGGCUUUUCGCUUUCAAAACCUACUUCUUCCUUCAGGCGGUCUUUGUUUUGACACUGAUGCUCGCCUUCAACCUGUACAUGACGCAAAUCGGCAAAAACGGCCACCAGAUUUGGCCGUGCAGCGCGGCUUUGCACGCGUUCGGGGAGACGAAAAUGCGGAAUUUUUUCGGGAAGACGAGAGAAGCUGCGUCUACUGCUUCUUCCGGUGCGCAGCUCGAUCCCGGUGCCGGAGCGCCUGCUGCAUCUACUUCACCGACGGUACCAGAGGACAUGUCUGUCUGGAAUUUCUGUACGUUGACUUGUUUGAUUUACGUCGCAGUGCUCGCCGCCGCGAUUCAACCCAUGAAGAAACGGGGCAAAGAAGCUACGAGAGAGAUGCUUGUGUUCCUCCUCGCAGGCUUCGUAACUUUUUCCAGCUCGUGGGUAGUGUUUGGGCAAACGUUGGAAGCCUGCUCUGUGUGGUGUUGGUCCGCCGGGUUUUACUCGGUGUGGUUUUUAGCAAGGCCGUAUGUGUUAGUGAUAGAAGAAGCUGCUUCAGCAGAGAAUUUACCGAAAAGGAAAAGCGCGAUGCCGAUAUCUGUCAGCUCUAUCAGCAGUGAGCUUGUUG